AUGUCGCCCACAACGAAGAUUCUGCGCAAGUCUCGCCUGUUUGCGCUCCCGGCUUCCCUCUCACCCCCAGCACAAUCUCUGACCUCGAGCUUGAACUGGUCCGAUACAGCGACACUUCCAUAUCCUACUAGAGCAACUAUUGAGACACCCGCCAGCUCUCUCGCAAGAGGGGAUUGGGGUCUAAAGCGACCUCUACCUGCCAAAUCCACCGUGGACAGCUCAUCGAACCCUCUUGUCCGGAUUAACUAUCUCGAUACUUACGAGCACAUCACAGACUUCCACUCUGCGAAUGACCAUGCCCUCACUCUCAAGAAAUACCAGGAGCUAUCUCUCCCUAUAUCAUCGACAACUCAUGGCACAUCAUCGUUAGUGGGCAGCGGCCGACAUACGAGCGUCUUUGAAAGCUCGACCGAUAACAUGACCGCAUCUCCCGAUCACAGCUCUGAGAAGAAACUGAGAUAUAGAUUCAAAGGACCAUGGUUGGCCGGAAUGACCGAAAUUGAAUUUGAAAGAUACCUCAAGAAAGUACGAAAACAGAGGCCAGAGUUCCUACAGAGACUCCGCGAAGUUGUCAUAGAGAACAAGGCCCUGCAGACACGAAGGCGGUUGAUGGAUGAGGGUAAAUCAUUCGAGGAAUCCGAUCUACCGAAGACACUGAGUGAUGCCGAAUUUGAAAGUGCUCUUCUAGCUCUUCGUGCCGAUCCUGCAGCACUCGGCCCGGAGGUCAACAAGUUCCUCGAUCUAGCUACUCCACCCAAGGUCCCUGACAGACGAAUUCACCUACGCAACUGGGCUGCUGGCCCGUCUGAUGUAGCAUCACCCCAAUACGCAAGAGACGGCCCUCCCAAAACCCAUCCGUCUGCUGGUCUCAGCUACUUGCGUACCAGGUCUCAUCUCGAGAACCAUCCCAUUGCUGGACCCCAGCAGAACCCCCGCCCAGUCCAAGCUCGAUUGCUGCGUGCUAGAGGCCGUGGCAGAGGAGGAUCAUCCAAGAGCAUAGUCGGUGUUGCUGGCUUUGUUACAGACGACAUUGGCCCAUCUGCGUCCAGAGAUUUUGACAGCCAAAAGGGAUCGAUCCAGUUUGACCCCGAUCUUCCUGGCGGCGCCAAAUACUGGGUCAAGGUAGAGAAGGCAACUGUAGAUGCCAAGGGCAAAGUCCUGCUCCGUGUCGACGGCGCUACGAAUGCCGUCAAGGCCCUCCAUGGAGUCCAAGGUGCAGCUGAAGCUCUACCCUCUUUCGUCACCAACCGCGCAGGUUACGGCCGCCUUGAUGAUAAGCGAUAA